AUGUCAAAAAGAAGCUGGUCAGAAGCUGAGAAUGGAGAACAGCAGUUUCCUCCCAUGAUUUCGAGGAAAGUCAAGGCCUGUACAGCGUGUCGGAGACAAAAGAUCAAAUGCUUGAUCGACGAUAGAGGUCCGCCUUGUAAACGAUGUGCGGAAAAGGGUUUGUGUUGUGUUCUGGGCAAGAGUCUACAGACUAUUCUGGAUGAAAAGUCUCAGUUAUCACAAGAUGUGGCCCAAGACCUUGAGGAGAUGCAUAACUUUCUCAAACAGGUUGCUGGGAAACUCGACCUGGAACUUCCGCCUCUUCGAUCAUCCAUUGCAACAGCAGAACGACCAAAAGACGAAUCGCCAGCUCAAUCAAACAAAGGCCAUCAUAUCCCAUCUCGCGACAAUUCACCAAAACCCAUGCCAGAGGACGACGAUUUGCCGUAUGCACCCAUUCACUCACUUUACACUCUUACAAAACUACGCGCUCUUAGAUCUCCAGAUGACAUCGACUCCCAGCAACAUCAGAGUCAUGACGAUAUAAUAACGAGACGGCUAGUAUCGUUGCCUGACGCAGAGAGACUCUUUGAAUUCUACAAGAAACGCCUCGACCCUUAUAUCUACCUUAUUGGCUGUCCAUAUGAGUCGAUGCAAGCGUUGCGGCAGAAAAGCCAAUUUCUCCUCGUGGCAGUUCUCACAGUUGCCGCACUCCAUGAUCCUACUGCAGAUCAUCUAUAUCCAAUCUGCAGCUCCGAGUUCAGGAGGCUAUUUGAGACGUCAAUAUUCGAAAGACGGCUUAGCAGAGAUUAUCUACGGGCGUUAUGCAUCGGAUGUUAUUGGCUGAGCGAUCUAUCGUGGAUGUUAUCAGGUCACGCCAUACGACGAGCAGCUGAAUUCGACCUUCACAACAGCUACGACAGAGCUAUCGAAAAGUCCAGUACAGAGGAUGCAGAGUGUGCCAGGAUCUGGUAUAUCCUUUGUGUUUGUGAUCAACAGCUUGCAACACAAUACGGUCGACCGUCGAUAGUACAAGAAGACGCUUCCACACAAGGUGCUAUAGACUUUUUGCGGUCUUCUGUCUCGAAUGACGAGGACAGAAGGUUGCUUAGUCAAGCUACUAUUGUCAGUAUCUUGAGGAGUAUCAGGGAGAUUUUUAGCUCAAACAGAGGGAAACCGAUUCCAAGGUUGCAUUUAAAUCAUAUCUCGCACUUUAGAUUGCAACUUGAUCAGUGGUUCGCCUUUUGGACAGAUCAAGUACAAGAACAAUGGCCAGGUAUUGGUGGUUUCCCACGGAAGGGUGUCGUUCUUCACUACAAUUUUGCGCAACUAUAUCUAUACUCACACGUCUUCCGCGGCAUAUCCAAAGAUGACCAUAUUCCACAUUAUUUUCUCGACUGCGCUGUGAACGGUAUAACGGCAGCCACAACGAUCAUUGACAAGUUCCUUCACGAUCCAGACAUCACACUUGGUAUAGUCGGCAUGCCAUCAUACGUCCAUUCCAUGACAGCAUUCGCAUCAAUGUUCCUCACGAAGGUAGCCAUCAAAUACCACGAUCUUAUCGCAAAAGAAAAGGUAUAUGAUUUGAUCACUGGUUUGGUACAACAGUUUCGGUCACAACCUGCUGGAAAGUGGCACUUGGCAGGUCUCAUGGCUAGUGGACUGGAAAGAAUGGCCCAGACAUUGAAGCCAGAUGUUCCGGCGGAUAUGGGUUUGCCGUUGAGUGUGGGGAUGGACCAGAGUGUCGAUACUGGAAUAUCGGGUGUUGAUAAUUUCUUUCCCGACUUGCCGGGUGAUUUCUUCUUUAACUACGACAUGAGCUUUGAGAUGCCAGCGACAUAG